AUGUCAUUGAUGCCUGUUCUCGUCGCCGCCGCUCAGACCAGUGGUCGUAUGGACCGCGUACGAAUCGUCAAUGUUGCUAGCGAUAUGGCUUUGAAAAUGGGUCCAGAAUCCAUCAAUUAUCAGGAUCCCAAUCUCACCGAUGCCACUGGACAACUAGCGCCAUGGAAGAGAUACGGCCACUGCAAGCAAGCCAGCAUCAUUGCCGCGAAGGCCAUCACAGAACGCUACCAACCUCUCGGCGUGACAGCCUACUCCCUUCACCCAGGUCUCAUCAAGUCCAGUCUGCAGUCGCACUCGAACAACAACAUCUUCGGAGCCAUGACACGUUUCGCCAUGAAAGUCGGCCCAACGUCCACGCCACUCGAAGGAUCAAUGAACUCGCUUUUCUGUGCUACAACUCCACAAGCCUACCAGCACGCUGGAAGAUACUAUGUGCCGGUUCAGAAGCUGGAUGACAAAGCCAAUAAGUGGUUGGACGAUCCUCAGGCGGUUGACAAACUUUGGGACUUGGCGAACAUGCAACUGAAGGAGCAUGGGUUUGUCUUUGAGGACCUGCCUCGGUAUUAUGCCUAA